ACCCCGCUAGACGACGGCCGGCUAGUCCUCGAGUAGGACGCACGCUCUCCUCAAAGCAUCGACCCUUACAUACGACGACACUUAUUUUGGGAGAAAGAGAGACGGAGAGAGAAAGAGAGAGAGAGAGAAACAGAUAGAGAGAGAGAGAGAGAGAGAGAGAGAGAAGGGAGAAGGGAGAAGAGAGAAAAGUAUAGAUCGCAAUCGAUCCAACGGCAAGACUUCUUUCGAAAAGUUCGAUCGACCAGUAUCGACACAGACACACGCUCUUAAAUAUCUCAUAAUCGAAGUAAGUGAUGUAUUUGAAAUCUGUAUAUAUUUGAAAUAAAAGUGCUAUCCUUCGAGUUUUGAACAUCAAGAAAGAAAUUAAUAAUCCGUUCGCACGUGAAACAAUGACGAGGGAUAAUUCGUUGAAGGAGAAUUAUUAUUUAUUUCUGUAGGAUGAUCGAUAAGGUUUUCUGUUUUCUUUUUUGUGUGCGGUGAAAAUAAGAAAGAAGAAGAAGAAGAAGAAGAAGAAGAAGUAGAAGAAGGAAGAGAGAAAGAGAAGAAGGGAAGAGAAAUACGUCGCGAUCAACGAUGGACCGUGUCAACGUGCUAUCCUUCGUGGAAACGUCGUCGCGACAUACGCUUUGAUUUGAUUUUAUAUAACGUAAAAGAAGAAAAAAGAGAAGAAGAAACGAAGUCGAGAAAGAAGUUAGUAUAGUGAUUUAUACGUAUAGUGACUAUAUAUAUAUAUAUAUAUAUAUAUAUAUAUGUAUAUACAUAUAUAUAUAUAUUAUCAUAAUUAAUUGACUAUGAAUGCAAAUCGUUUUGUUGCCGUUACCUUGUGACCUUGUAAAUCUUAACGAGUGAUCGACGAACGAUAUUAAUGAUACGUAUCGGACGUGAGUUUCGUAUUUAUUGACAAAAAAAAAAAAAAAGAAAAAGGGAAGAAGAAAAAAUACAAAGAAAAAGAAAAUGAUCGGCCCUCGUUGUACCAACGAUGCAACGUGUUCUCGCGUAAAUAGAAAGUGAAUUAUUACGUCGAUUUUUUUUUUUUUGAGAAGCAACGAAAAAACAACAGAACGAUAACAAAAACGGAAGAAAAUAAAUCGUACAAACUGACGAGGACUCGAGUGAAAUUAGUUCUUCGUCUUCGAACGGAAUUUUUGUCAAAUUUCACGAACGGCGAUGGAUUCGCAGCAGCUCGUUGAAACGAGCUCGCAAAACAGUCAGGACAUCGUCCUGCCUAAACCAACCAGCAGCACACCACGACACAGCAUCGAUGCUAUACUCGGCCUGGCUAAUCACAAAAGGAAUCAUCAAGAAAUGGAAGACAGUACUCGCGAGUCUCAGGAGAACGCUGGUGAGAACAGCUGCAACUCAACUGGCGGUGGUAGCGACGAGGAACUUGGAGCGGGUUGCGGGGACGACAUUAACGGGAAUGGAGGAAAGAAGAAGCAUCGUCGUAACAGAACGACCUUCACCACUUACCAGCUGCACGAACUUGAGAGAGCAUUCGAAAAAUCUCACUACCCUGACGUCUAUUCCAGGGAGGAACUUGCUAUGAAAGUCAAUCUUCCUGAAGUUCGCGUUCAGGUGUGGUUUCAAAACAGACGAGCCAAGUGGCGUAGACAAGAGAAAAUGGAGGCUGCCAGGCUCGGUCUAAGCGAAUAUCAUCACGCCGCUAACAUGAGAAACGUCGGUGGAACGACUCUUGGAUUGCCAGGGGAUCCUUGGCUCGCACCACCAGGACUUUUGAGCGCGCUACCAGGAUUCCUGGCCGCACCGCACACGGGAUAUCCAAGUUAUUUAACGUCCCCGAGACGAUUGCCCUCUCCUCCUAACGUUGCCGCUGUGGCUAAUGCGGUCCCAGGAACAUUGGGAGGUGGAAUGCCAAGCAUAGGAGGGGGUAGUCAUGUUCAACCACCACCUCCGAGUCCACCGGGUCACGACCCUCGUACGACCAGCAUCCAAGCGUUAAGAAUGCGAGCCAAGGAACACGUCGAAAGCAUCACCAAGGGACUUCAAAUGGUCUGAAGUUUAACUUACGACUCGAGAAGAUAACCGAAUGUCCCAUGCACGGCUGAUGGCGAAUUCAUCCUUGCCUUUGUCGUCGAUUACGAGGAAUGGAGACUACUACGAUUGACGAUUUUAACAUCGGAAUUUUUCACUGAUCGUGCAGCUUCCAUCUUCUUGGUUCUAUUAUACGUUGACGAAUGAACUUUUUUGGAUCUUCGAGAAGGGCCCGAAAGCUCGAACAAAAUCGUUCUCCUCGUUUCGAAAGAACUAUAUCCGAGAAAUGUAAAGAAGUUAGUACCUGCUUUCGUUGCGUUCGUCGAAAAAGAUCCUGACGUGAUGGUGCGCCGAUCGACGAAGUAAUUCGGAGUUAAUUCAAACGAAAAACAAAAGUAAAAAAAGCAAAGGGAAAAAAGGAAAAAAUAUUUAUAUAUAUAUAUAUUUAAAUAUAUAUAUAUAUAUAUAUAUAAAAGGAAAGAGAAAAAAAUACAAACGAACAACCAAGAAAAAAUAAAAAAAGAAGGAAAGCGAAAGAAGAUUACGAGUAGUGUUCUACGAUUGACAUUAUUUUCCAAGUAAUGACUUAUCUAUUCGAAUGAGACAGUCAGGUAUGUUGUAUCGUUCCCACGAUGAUGUGCAAUAUCAAUGAGAGAGAGAGAGAGGGGGGGGGGGGGAGAGGACCUUUCGAUAGAUUUCAUUCAUACGCGUUUUAUAACUCAUAACUAUAAAUGUGAUCUUAGAAAGGUGGGUGCGCGCAUAUAAGUAUGUAAUGAAUCGAUUAGAGGGACUUUUUCGAAACGAAAGAGAAAAAAAUGAAAGAAUAGAAAAAAAAAGAAAAGAAGAAAAAUCGUGGAAAUUACGAAAGUUUCGAAGGUACGACGGAAAAGGAGAAACUGUUGUUGUUUUUGCUGUUAUCGUUGUUUCUUUUUUUUUAUUUUCUUUCUUUGUUUCCUUCUUCUUCUUCUUUUUGUUUUCUUCUUCUUUUUUUUUUUAAAUUAUUUUUUCUCGACGGAAGGAAGAAAGAAAAGUGAAAAAAAUAUGUUUCCGUUCCCUCGCAGGAUCAUUUGAAGUCGGUGAAGUGUUUUCUGUGACAAUCAUACUUAAAACGUGUAAUGCGUGUACAACGCGUGUAUCCAUGAUCAAAUGUUUAUACACGUGGGUGCGUUUGCGUGUGUGCGUGCCUGCGUACGUCCGUAUGUCUGUGUGUAUGUGUGUGUGUGAGAGAGAGUGUGCGUAAGAAAAUAACAGAUCGAAUACGAACACUCACGUGAAUUGUAUUUCUACUUUUAUUUUAAAAGGAACUUAAAAAAAAAGUAUGAUAAUUAGGUACCCAUGAACGUACCUAAUUAUUUCUCGUCGAAUUUGAACUUUCAAUAUUAAAUCGAUGUUUAAUUCGAUUUGACGGAUCUCACUCGUCGCAUGUUUGCAAUUGCAAUUCGACAUUAUUCGAAAAUAAAAUUUUCGAAUAGAUCGAAACGUCGAUUCUCGAUAAUGUGGAUCGAAAAGUCAGUCGCUCUUCUUGUAAUGGUAAAUAAAAGAAAAGAAUUCUUCCGGUCGUGUAAUUUUAGGCUGCCAGACCGUAUCUCGCGCGCGUAUCGGUUCGUCGUUUUCUAGGCGGCGAACGUUUCGAGAAGAGAAAAAGAGAAAAAGAGAAAACGACAAAAAAAAAGUGAAAAAAAUGUAAGAAAGAAAGAAAGAAAGAAAGAAAAGAAAUAAGAAGAUUAGAAAUAUCUCUUUGUAGCGCAUAGAUUCGAAAGGAACAAAUAAAGUACGAAGAAGAACGGAUUGGUGGAAUAACAUUUUGACAUAAACAAUAUUCUGCAGUAUUAGUACUAUAAGGGAAAAUAAAUAAAUAAACAAAUAAGUAAAUAAAAUAAAUGAAUAAAAUAAAUAAAUAAAUAAAUAAAUAAAUAAAUAAAUAAAUAAAUGAAUAAAUGAAUAAAUAAAAAAGAAGGAUUGUGCAUAUUAAGCGUAGAGCUUAAUUAAAAGGAAUGUAAAUUCGAGAGAAGCUUUUGAAAAGGAGAUCGAUCGUACGAAAACCAAACGAGUUCGAUUCGUAGUUGUUUCGAUUUUUCAUUUUUUUUGCUCUUAUCUUUUUUUUCUUAGUCUUUUCUAUUUUUAAAGAUCUCUCUUGAAAGAUGAUCGAUCGCAUGGGUAAUCGAUCGAUCUCUAUCUCUACGCGUCCGAUGAUCAUCAACGUAGAUAAACUAAACCCACCCAUUCCUGAAAACGUCUGUUUGUAUAUAUUACCUGCUCUCGUGAUAAAAUAAAAAUUUGAUGUACAUAUUUAAUCAUAUUCAACGUCGUUCGAUCAAGAUCCCUUUACCGUAAUAAAGGUGCAAGCGAUUUCUCGCAGUAAACCCAUC